GCAGACUCUGGUACCGCGAGGUAACGCCGCGUCGCUUCGCCGCGCAUUUGUCUGGCAUCAAGGGGCGUCAACGCUGUUGCGGGCGGAGAAGCUCUGCAACCACAUGAGAGCGAUGCGCAGAGCAAUCUCUGCGAGGACAGGUAUUUGUAUUAGCAGCAAGUCGGUCAUGGCUGGUCCUAUCACGCACUUUACUCUGUCGGUCGGACGACGCAAGAAACGUGCGGCAAGAAAGGCGGUCGUUUCAUGUCGGCAAUCCCACGAUUUGUUGUCCGGAUAACCGAUUACUCGAGAAAUGGCCCGGGCGACAGCCGAGAGCAGCAACCGGAGCAUGGAUGCGGGCGGCGACGAAGACGACUGGAAGUGCAAGGCCAUGGAGCUCAAGGAGAAGCGCCGUAUCCAGGACAAGAAGAACAGGUGGCGCGAGUACAACCGUGGCAAGCAGCAGCUCUACGUGCAUCAGAAGCGGUCCGAGCUCGAGAGCCUGCGGCGAGAAGUCGCCGAUCUCGAGGCUAUACUUGCCCAACGACGACCCGACGUCCCCGCGCUAUCUUGGGAGGACGUCGCAGUUGGUCUUCACGACGAGACCCAACUUGUGGUCUCGGAAAACCACCGGCUUAAACAGCAGCGGACGGCGUACGUCGAGUUCAUCAAGCUCAUGGCACGGUCCAUGGAGGACACGUGGCACACAGCACCUCAGAUCCUCCCGAUGGAGCUGCCGAUCUUUGCCGUUCGCAAGAUUGCACUCCUCGCGUCGCCCGAGUCGCGCCACGUCGGCUUUGACUGGCUCACACACCUCGUGUACCAAAACACAGAUCUGAUUCUCGAGCGGUACCCGUUCACGGACGCGCGCGAUGAGUUUGUCAUCGAUGACGCCAACGUCGACUGCCUCCAGUACGUCUGGCGCAGCCAGCGCGUCGUGGACUGCGCAAGCUUUGAACAAGUCGUUGCCGCCGUCGAGUCGCAUGUCGUGAGCAAGGUCAGCAUGGCUGGCCUCACAUCCGACGAGAAGCGCGUAAGCCACAUGUACACGGUGCCGCUGGAUCGCGAGGUGCUUCGGGGGACCAACAUAUCGUACUCGUGCGCCACGUUUGGAGACGAUCCCGUUUCGAACGGCUCCAAGCUCCUCUUUCGCAAGUACUAUGGACCCGAUCGGUUCAUCGCUGCGGGGCAAACGAUCACGGAAGACGAAGCCGUGCCUAGCUCGCGCUCGCUUUAUCGCAAAUCUCUCUACUGGUGCAUUGUGGACCGCACGGCGCCGACGAGUGCACGCGUCCGAACGGUGCUCUUGAGCUCGCACUCGUAUACAAAGAACGGGCAGUGUGUGUCGCUGCCCCAAGAAGCGCGAGCAUGGGGUCUCAUGCUCGAUGAGCGAAGGAUCCCCGAGGUCGACAUUUUGCCGAUACUCCUGCGGCACGUGCGACGGAAUGGUGCAGCCGUGGGUACUACGUGCGUCAAGCUCCUCGACAACAUGAUGGCAGCGAUACUCAAGUCCUCGUCGUCGUCGAAGGCCGCUGAGAGUCUGUUUGGCUUCUCCAAGCUCGCGAUCCGCGAUUGAGAUUGAGAUUCACGACGCGUUUAAACAGGCGAAUCCGAGUAUAAAACGCACGCGCGAUCUUUUUGCGUGUCAAGCGCCACCCAAUCAUUGGGCGUUGCGACCGCCAUUCAUUUCUCGACGUCCUUUUUUAGAUUACCUAAUGCAGUACACGUGGUGGCAUUUCAGCCAAUGAG